UGUCUGUGUUUGAAUCAAGGGGUCCUGCGUGCGGUGGUCGAAGAGGCGAACUCCGGAGCGUCGGUUCUCUGCCUGUGCGAGAAGGGAGAUGCCAUGAUCAUGGAAGAGACUGGCAAGAUUUUCAAGAAGGAAAAAGAAAUGAAAAAAGGUAUUGCCUUCCCAACGAGUAUAUCGGUAAAUAACUGUGUCUGUCACUUCUCCCCCCUGAAGAGUGACCAAGACUACAUCCUCAAAGACGGAGACUUGGUCAAAAUUGACUUGGGAGUCCAUGUCGAUGGCUUCAUAGCGAAUGUAGCACACAGUUUUGUCAUAGACGCCUCAAAGGAAAACCCUGUGUCAGGCCGUAAAGCUGAUGUCAUCAAGGCGGCUCAUCUCUGUGCUGAAGCUGCUCUGCGCUUGGUAAAGCCUGGAAACCAGAACACACAAGUGACAGACGCAUGGAACAAAAUAGCCCACUCGUUUCACUGCACGCCGAUCGAAGGGAUGCUGUCGCACCAGCUGAAACAGCAUGUGAUCGAUGGAGAGAAAACAAUCAUCCAGAACCCUACAGACCAGCAAAAGAAGGACCAUGAAAAAGCAGAAUUUGAGGUCCAUGAAGUUUACGCUGUUGAUGUUCUCGUCAGCAGUGGAGAGGGAAAGGCAAAGGAUGCUGGACAGAGAACUACAAUUUACAAAAGGGACCCCUCCAAACAGUAUGGCUUGAAGAUGAAAACCUCCCGUGCCUUUUUCAGUGAGGUGGAGAGGCGCUUUGAUACUAUGCCAUUUACUCUCAGGGCAUUUGAGGAUGAGAAGAAGGCCAGGAUGGGGGUGGUGGAAUGCGCCAAACACGAGCUGCUCCAGCCUUUCAAUGUCCUCUACGAAAAGGAAGGAGAGUUUGUUGCACAGUUCAAAUUCACAGUGCUUUUAAUGCCCAACGGUCCCAUGAGGAUAACCAGCGGCCCCUUUGAACCGGAACUCUACAAGUCGGAGUUUGAGGUGCAAGAUGGAGAACUGAAGGCCCUUCUACAAAGUUCUGCAAGCCGGAAGACCCAGAAAAAGAAGAAAAAGAAGGCCUCCAAGAACGCAGAGAACGCCACCACGGGAGAGACGGCGGAAGAGAACGAGGCUGGCGACUGAGCAGCUCCCGCUCCCUCCAUGUAGCACCCAAUUCACACACACUCGCCCCUUUUCCCCCCAAAAACAGAAGCAAAAUAAUCUAGCACUGUUUGUCUCUUACGACCAAACCGCAAACAGUCUGGACUUCCCACUGACUACAACCAGCUCCUAUUGACUUUGCCAAUGAGGGAGGAUUCUCUCAGCCACUUCAGACUACUUAAAAAAGAAAGCAGAAAAAUAAAAUCAGGAGUAAAAGCUAGUC